AAUAACGUGAAUAUCAGGAGCAGUGCAAUGAUCGUUUGGUUUCAGUGGUAAAAAUAUCAUUUUUUAAAAUGAUUUCGAUGUGUAGAGUAGUGAUAAUGACGACGCUUUGCGUGUAUACAUCAGAGGCAACAUGGCUCAGUGACAUGACUUCUCCGAAGGGGUGGCAAUUUGGAGAAGGGAUGGUUUUUCAUCUUCAAGACACGAAAGUGAAAAAUAACUCUUUAUUAGAGAGGAUUGCUAUCAGAUUUGACUUUGGAAACGUAGGUGUUAGUGCUACGCAAAAGCCCGAAAAUGAAGCUAUCGAGUUGGACUUUUACGUGAAGGAAAGAGAAGAAGGAAGAAGUAAAAAGAUGGGUAACAUGAUGAUUCCCUACCUGUUAGGUGCUGUUAAAGCUGGUGUCAUGACUAUGGCACUUGGUACUUUGAAAAUAUUGGCUAUGAAAUCCCUUGUAUUAGCUAAAGCAGCUCUGAUAAUGACUCUUCUCAUUCUCGGUUUGAAAUUUCUGAAACAAGAACAGGAGCCGGCAAAAUACGUAGAAGUUAGUCCUCCUGGAACAUAUGAGUUCUACCCCUCACAGGACUAUGGAGGUUAUGGUGAUGCUGACAGCUACAGCGCCAAUAUGAAUUCAUACGUACCGUAUAGCGGAUACCCACUAAGUGCGGCUGGAUCGACAUUGAACUACGCAACAAUAGAAGUACCUGGCAAUGACACGCUACCACUACUGCAGGUGCUACCAGGAACCAAGCGGCAUGAUCAAAACCGGAGGAAGGUCACACCAUCGAUCUUGACCAUACGACGGUACAGUAAACCUGAUGCAGGAGUCAUUUAGGGGGAAGAGGAGCAAAGCAUUGAUUACCUGAAUUUUUUUUUUCAAAAAUAUUUUGUCUGUCCCACUGAGAAGUGUAGGAGUGGAAUGAAUAUGCAGAUAUGUAGGAAAUAGUUCAAUGAUUAUACCUAUGAAUGUAAAGAAAACAAAUAACUAGUUAUUUAA